UGACAUAGUAAAAAACUAAAAACAUAUACAUACCUACAGUAGAAAAACAAAAUAUCGAAAAAAUUAAAGGUGAAUAGCUCAACUAAUAAGCCACUAACACCUAUUUUGUAGAAAUACAUAUUCUUAAUUUAAAACAUGAUGUCCAAAAAAAAAGAAUGAUUUAUGGCUUGCUUCUUGAGAUCAAUUUAAAUGUUUUAAACAACAACAAAAUUUAAAUAUUUUACCAAAAGAAAAAAAAUAGUUUUAAAAAUUUAUAAUAAAAAAAAUCAAGUGCAACAAUAGGGAGCGUAUGAUCUUAAAUGUUUUCUGUUAAUUAAAUACAAACCUACAAACUUAAAUUGGAUAUAUUUAUAAUUCUCACGCAACGAGAUUUGCUUAAGUACAUUUUAUAAAAACUGAUCGCAACCAGCAGUGCAAACUCUCGCACUAAUUGAAGAUCUCAAGCAUCCCCUAAAUUCAAACAACCACCGCUUCGAUUAGCGCAGCAACUGGUACUACACAAUUGCCCGAUCCGCCAACUCAAUCUUAAUCAGUUGAAUACAAUGCAAGUGAAGUGAUUCCAGUUCAUUAAAUUUAUUAAAUUCAUUUAUUGCAAAAUCAAAAAUCCAACUACUUCAUUAAAUCUACUCAAUUGCAAUAAAAUAAAGUCCACAACGAUUGCUGCUCAAAGUUUAAACGACGUCAAUGACGAGCAUUUUCCCAAUCACCAGUUUGAAAAUUUCUCAUUGCCGUCGUUGCCCAGCCAUAGACAAAAACGUGAAGACAUGCCGCCCUCUGCGUUCUUAGUUGGUUCUACCAUUUUGACUACAGCAAAAACAGCAGUGAGCAGCAGCAGCAGCAAAAACAACCUUAAAAGCGCCGCAACAAAAUACCAAACAACAACAUCACCAGCAUCAACACCAAAGUUGCACUCGCCCACAAAAACCAUUUCAACUUGCUCCUCGCCGUCGCUGUCGCCACAAGCAACGCAAACAAAGUACGUGGCCUGCAGUCCAACAAACGCACAAAAAUACAAUCAAAAUAAUAAUUGUCAAACAGUACAAAAUUACAACUACUUAAGUGCCACGGCGGAGGAACAACAACAGCAGCAGCAGCAGCAGCAGCAGCUACAACAGGCGCAGCUGGAACAGCAAUACUUGCAACUGCAACAAUAUCAAGCACAGCAUACGUCCAACAAGAAAUCGCCCCAGAAAAUGGUGCUACAAAGUUAUGACAGUUAUACCUCUUACCACUUGCCGGCGCACCAUCAACAUGCUGCGCAUGCGUUGCCGCAUCAACUGCCCUUAUUGCAGCCGCCUCUUCAUCAGCAACAUCAACAGCAGCAUCAUAAUCAGCACCACCAAGCUCAGCAGCAGCAGCAGCCGCAGCCGCAGCAUCAGCAAACGCAUCAAUACCAGCAGCAAUCACCGCCGCAGCACCAACAACAACACCAGCAUCUACAGCAGCAGCAAAGUUUGCAAUCGCUGACGCAACAAACGCAACAUCACCGUUUGUCUGGUGGCAGCACUGGUAGUGCCUCCGUAAGUUCCUCCUCUUCGUCGGGAAACUCAACGGCCGCUACUGGCCUUAGCGGCAGCACGUCUGGAAUGAGCGGCGGUACUUCAUCGAUCCUUGGUUCACCAAAUCCUACCGCUUCUUCACUCGGCAUUGGGUACUUCAACGAUAUGGCCACCAAUUUUGGUGGUGACUAUGCGCCGUCGCAUCACCCGACCGCGAAUUCAUAUUACACCGACAUCGAUGCGAAUUUCUUUAGUCAAGGCUACAGUAGUAAUCCGCACGAUCAUAGUAACAACAGCCCGCCCCCGCAAACGCAGCAGCAGCAGCAGCAACAACAAUCGCAAAAUGCGAACAGCAAUGCAUCACUGCUCUCUCAUGCGCAACAGCAACAGCAGCAGCAACAACAACAAUCCCAGCAGUCCAACAAUCCCGCCGUGAGUAGCAACGCGCCAGGCGUUAACGCCAACCAGUCGGGCGGUCAAACCCCCAGCCACAACAACAACAAUAGUGCCAAUUUGAAUUACAUGCAAAUGGCGAUACGAAAUUCUGCUGCUGCCGCAGCACUGUACACCCAACAUCAGAUGAAAGAGGAACCUGGCACACAAAAUACAUCCUCAUAUUCAAGCCUCGGCAGUGGCAGCAGCAAUGGCCAAACCGAUCCCGCUGAUCUCUCCGUUUCAUCCGUUUACGGUCUACCCGCGCAUCUGGCCGGUGCUGCAGCUGCGGCAGCAGCGGCUGCCGCUUCAGGUGUACACUACGAUGAUAACGACUAUCAUAGCACGCUUUCGUCGCAAGAGCAUCCGAGUUAUCAGGAUAAUUCCGAUUUCUAUGGCAUUACAGCGUCGAGCAACGAACAAAAAUACAAUGCAUAUGGUCGAUCACCAUUUCCCGAUGCAUAUGGCUCCGAGUAUGGCGGCUACGAUCCAACACGAUUCCCAACAAUGGCCGGGCAAUCGCCAGUCGAUCAAUGGGGAGUGCAUCAUGCGGGCCAACAUUCAGCGUCGUAUAUGAAUACGAUGAGUUUGGAGAAGGCGCUGAUGGGAGCGUACCCCAUGCAAGGAGGUGUGCCAUGUUUUACAGGCUCUGGGCCCAUACAGCUGUGGCAAUUUCUAUUGGAAUUGCUAAUGGAUAAGACGUGUCAGGGCUUUAUUUCGUGGACGGGCGAUGGCUGGGAAUUCAAGUUAACCGAUCCAGAUGAGGUCGCUCGUCGCUGGGGUAUUCGCAAGAAUAAACCAAAAAUGAACUAUGAAAAACUCAGCAGAGGUCUACGUUACUAUUACGAUAAAAAUAUUAUCCACAAGACAGCUGGCAAGCGCUACGUCUACAAGUUUGUUUGUGAUCUACAAAAUCUGAUCGGCUAUACACCGGAAGAGUUGUGUGCUAAAUACGACCUCAAGACGGACAAGAAAGACGAUGAUUAGAGCAUUGAUUGAGGGCAGUACGCCAAGGCAAACGAUAAAUUAGCUGUGACAACAGCAACGAGCCCCUAAGCCACCCACAUAAAUUACAUAAAGCUCGCUGUGAGAAAUAAUGUAAGGUUCGCGAAUGCCAAAAGCUGUGAGAUCAUCAACCUACAUACGCCGCGUUCGGUUGAAGUCACCAAUGUGGAUGGUUAGCAGGAAGUGUGGUGCAGAAAGUGCGGUGCGCGUUCAUGUAAAUGUGGAUUCUUCCGAAUGUGCUUAAUUUUUUAAAGUACAUUAAUGCUUUACACAUACAUACAUAUAUGCUGAAAUACAUGCAUAUAUACUAUA